AUGUCUUCUCUGCUGCGCCUGUCCCUAUUAUGGCUCUUCAUUCUUCUAUUGCCUUGCGAUGGUCAGAAGCAGGUGCUGCUCUCCCAAAUACCCAGGUGGGUACUCCGGCAGCCGGGCGGCACGACCCAAAUAAAAUGCUACCAGGACAACACAGAUCACACCUGGAUGUAUUGGUAUCAGCAAAAGGCAGCUGACCAGCCCUUGAAACUCAUUGGCAGUCUAGCUAAAGGGGAUUCAGCCGCCUUGGAAGGUGGAUUUAAAGGCACGAAACUCAUGAUACAACCUGAAGAAGACAAGCACUGCUCACUGCAAAUAACUGACCUGAGAUCUGAGGACACUGCCAUGUACUUCUGUGCCUCUAGCGAUCACAGUGCUGAAAACUUCCAGGAGCUCCCUACAAAAACAGAGCUCUACAGCUUCCUUCGGAAAGGGAACUCGACUUACAGUGCUUGUUACGAAUCUGUAGUUGGUUGCCUAGAAGGGAAAGGAUUUUCAUACAGCCUUCUACCUCUGUGCUCUGGAUAUGAGCUGCACUUUGGACCUGGAACCAGACUCACCGUCUUAGAAGAGGGACAAGUUACCUCCCCUCCAAAUGUGACAAUAUUUGCCCCAUCUACUCAGGAGCUCCAAAAAACCAAGAAGGUCACAAUUGUGUGUUUGGCCACCAACUUCUUCCCGGAUCAUGUCAAUCUGACAUGGUCCGUGAAUGGCGAGAACAGAACCGAAGGGGUAAAGACAGAGGAGCCCAUAUACAAAGCCACGGAGAAGACCUAUUCGCUGAUCAGUCGUUUAAGGAUCACCAGCAAAGAAUGGCAGAAUCCAAGGAAUAACUUCAAAUGCAGUGUUGACUUUUACAACGAAACUGGGAAAUCAACCUAUGAUGACACCAUAACUGGUGUAGAAUGCAGUAGCAGUUCUGCAAAAGAGAAAUAUCUCAGAGACACCAAUUUUGGAAAACUGGUGUAUAUUCUUCUCAUCUGCAAGAGUGCCUUGUAUGGGGCAGUUGUGAUGGGCCUGAAGCUAAGAAGAAAGCUGAUGCCAUAGAAGCCUUUUGCCUGAGUUGAGUGAAUUCUAAGAAGAGAGGAAGAGAACGAUCUCUCUUUGAACUGAAAAUAGUUGCUUUGAGACAAUAUUUUGUUGCUACUGCCAGCUGCUGUAUUUUGGUAAAACUGCUGAGCGUUUUAUAAAGUUUUCCUGGGUUUCUUUUGAAUUUUACCAUGUUUACUUGCCUUACAAUCCUAUACAUGUCUCCUCAGGAGUAAGCCCCACUGAGUUCAAUGGAGCUUGCUCCCGGGGAAGAGGGUUGCAUAGGGUGACCAUAUGGAAAGGAAGACAGGGCUCCUGUAUCUUUAACAGUUGUAUUGAAAAGGGAAUUUCUGCAGGUCACAUUUGUAUAUAUGGAGAAACUGGUGAAAUUUCCUCUUCAUCACAAUAGUUAAAGCUGCAGGUGCCCUGCCCUUUUUUGUAUCUGGUUACUCUAGUAUAGCUCCUGCAGCUUUAACUGUUGUGAUGAAGAGGGAAUUUCACCAGUUUCUCCAUAUAUACAAACGUGACCUGCAGAAAUUCCCUUUUCUAUGCAACUGUUAAAGUUACAGGAGCCCUGUCCUUCUUUUCAUAUGGUCACCCUAGGGUUGCAUCCUUAGGACACAAUCCUAUGCAGACAGAAAAAGGUUCUACAACAAUGAGCAUGCAGAGCAGUGUGCCCUUAAAGUACCAUUGAUAGAUGUGUAGCAUAACCCUAUGCAUAUUUAUGUAGACGUAUGUUCUGCUGAAUUCAGUGGGACUUACUUUCAAGUAGUGUGCAUAGGAUUGCAGCCUUACAAAUGUGUUGAUUAUUCCUUUGAAAUCAAUGGAUUUUAAAGUGCUUAACUUUGCUGUCGUUCCCUGUAAUCUGUCUUUGAUUCUCUGCUAUGACAUCUUUUUAGUAAAGCCACAGAACAUUUUUGCUGA